UUGUGGCAUUUUGUAAUCUGGCCUAAGGGCCUCCACUUAAUAAAACAGAAACAAAUAAUUUAAAUUAACUUUUUUCUAAAUAUAUUAUUAACUAUAUUAAGGAACAUAAAAACGAGUCUUAAUGUAUACAAGACUUGAGUUGAGCUCCAAAUUAGUAAUUUUCUAUUAAUAAAGGACCAAUUAUCUGGUUCUUAAGUCUAACUCAAUUGUCUUGUUAGAUUGGAUGUCGACUAUGAAAUCAAUUGUAUAAGUUAAUUACAAUGAUAUUUAUUAUUUUUUUUAAGAUAAAAAAAGAAAGACUAGUUACCCGCGUGCAACUAAAAUUUCCAGAAUUCAUAAAGUCGAAUUACGGUAACAACUUUAUGUCUUCAUUUUUUCCGAACCAUCCAAUAAAUAUUAAACCGUCCAAUAUCUCUGACAGCAUGAAUUCAGAGAAAUCACUAUGACUGCAGUAAAUCCAUUAUAGGAAUUCUACAUAUGAAUCCUAAUCUGUUAGUAUUUUGAUCAAUUAAAAGGGUCCAAAAAAUCCAAUCUAUACGGAUUGCACAAAUUAACAUACAUUACACAUGUCCAUUCUUCAACUAGUAAUCACUCACAUAAACAUUAUCAAAUCACAUGGUUUCUUAAAAUAGAUCCCCUUCCCUCUGCACAACGUAGGCCAUAGAAUUUAACUGCAAUUCCCUCUUGGAGAGGAAAACCACCAAAACAAAACCAACCUUAUUUCUUUUCUCUUUGCCUUCCUCUCCUUUCUAAUUUUCGUCAAACAAAGCAAAAACAAUAAUUCGGUUCCUCCCUUCCACUCCAAAAAACAAGAGUUAAGCCAUGUUCUUUCAUAUUUAGUUUUUUUAUUUCCCUUUCUAGAAAGCUCAAUAAAUAAUGAUACUGUAAUGUGAUAUAAUAAUUUAUUGUAUGCUGCUAGUGCCUUGGUAAUGCAAAAUUGUCAAAUGAAUGAUUGCAUAUAAUAAUAAGGAGGUGAAAGUUGUUAUAUAACAACAAUGGGAGAUAAAGGAAACAAUACAGAUGAUUUUAUAGUGUGUUAUGCACCAACCAUGAUAACAACAAAUGGAAUAUGGCAAGGAGAUAACCCUUUGGAUUAUUCUCUGCCACUUUUCAUCUUACAAUUAACCUUAGUUGUUGCUGCCACUCGCAUAUUUGUCUUUCUUCUCAAGCCCUUUCGCCAACCACGCGUCAUAGCCGAAAUUCUGGGUGGAGUAAUGUUGGGUCCUUCGCUUCUGGGACAAAAUCAAACAUUUGCCAAUACAGUGUUUCCUCUAAGAAGUGUGAUCGUGAUCGAAACAAUGGCGAAUGUUGGUCUACUUUAUUUUCUGUUCUUGGUUGGUGUGGAGAUGGAUGUAACCGUGUUGCGCGGCGUAGGUAGAAAAUCAGUGGCUGCAGCAGUUGCUGGAAUGGUUUUGCCUUUCUUCAUUGGUGGGGCUUUCUCCUUCCUUUUGAAAAGAGAACAUAACAGUAGCAUGAACCAAGUAACUUAUGUUCUAUUCCUUGGCGUCGCUCUUUCUGUCACUGCAUUUCCUGUUUUAGCUCGAAUCCUCGCUGAGCUCAAACUCAUCAACACAGAUUUAGGAAGGCUUGCACUUUCAUCAGCACUUAUUAAUGAUGUUUGUGCUUGGAUUCUUUUGGCUUUUGCUAUUGCAUUGGCUGAUCAUAAAGCAACUACUUUUGCAUCUAUUUGGGUUGUGUUAUCAGGUGUUGCAUUUGUCGCCUUUUGUGUUUAUGCAGUUAGACCAGCAGCCUCAUGGAUAGUUAAGAAAACACCUGAAGGAGAAUCUUUCAGUGAGUUCUAUAUAUCUCUUAUAUUAGCUGGUGUCAUGGUUUCGGGUUUCAUCACCGAUGCGAUUGGAACUCAUUCUGUUUUCGGAGCUUUUGUGUUUGGUUUGGCAAUCCCAAGUGGACCCCUUGGUGUUACUCUUGUUGAAAAGCUUGAGGAUUUUGUUUCAGGACUUUUGCUCCCUCUCUUUUUUGCCAUUAGUGGCUUGAAAACCAAUAUAAGACUCAUUACAGGGGCUAACACUUGGGCUAUUCUUAUUCUGGUCAUUUUUUUAGCUUGCAUUGGCAAAAUUGUUGGAACUCUAGCUGUUGCAAUCUUUUAUCAAAUGCCUUUACAAGAAGGAAUUACCCUUGGCCUACUCAUGAACACAAAAGGCCUUGUUGAAAUGAUUGUGCUCAAUGUUGGAAAGGACCAGAAGAUUUUUGACGAAGAAUCAUUUGCAGUGAUGGUGAUUAUAACAAUAAUAAUGACUGGAAUAAUUGUACCUUCAGUAUCAAUAAUUUACAAACCAUCAAGGAGAAACGUAUGUUACAAAAGAAGAACAAUUCAGAUAUCAAAACCAGAUGCAGAGUUUAGAGUACUAGUGUGUGUCCAUAGUCCUCGAAACGUGCCAACAAUGAUCAACCUCCUUGAAGCCUCAAAUCCAACAAAGAGGUCACCAAUAUGCAUCUAUGUGCUCCAUUUAGUUGAACUCAGCGGUCGAACAUCAGCCAUGCUCAUUGUUCAUAACACAGCUAAACCAGAACACACAGCUCUUAACCGAACCGAAGCUCAAUCCGAUCACAUAAUCAAAGCCUUCAAAAACUACGAGCAACACGCUUCAUUCGUCGCUGUCCAGCCACUGACAGCAAUUUCCCCUUACUCAACCAUGCAUGAAGACAUAUGCCAUUUAGCAGAAGACAAACGCGUGUCUCUAAUAAUCAUUCCAUUUCAUAAACAACAAACAGUUGAUGGAGCAAUGGAACCAACAAACAUGGCGUUUCGAACCAUCAACCAAAAUGUACUAGCAAAUGCACCUUGCUCAGUUGGAAUUCUAGUCGAUAGAGGCUUAACUGGCUCGAAUCGAUUAUCUUCAAAUCAAUUAUCACAUCAUGUAGCAGUAAUGUUUUUCGGAGGACCAGACGAUAGAGAAGCACUAUGUUAUGGAUGGAGAAUGUUGGAACAUUCAGGAAUAAACCUAACCAUAAUGCGAUUCGUUCCGGGAGAACAAGCAUGCAAUGAACCUGCAAAACAACAACAUAAUGGAUUAUCCAAUUCAGAUGAACCAAGUGUGUUAACAGUUGAAACAGACAAUGAUAUACAAAAACAACUUGAUGAUAAACUAAUACAUGAGUUUAAAAUGAAUCAUAUGAAUGAUGAAUCAGUUGAUUACUUUGAGAAAGUAGUUAACAAUGGAGAAGAAACAGUGGCAGCAAUAAGAACAAUAGAUGAUAUUCAUGAUCUUUUCAUAGUUGGAAGAGGUCAAGGAAUGAUAUCACCAUUAACAGCAGGGCUAACUGAUUGGAGUGAGUGUCCAGAAAUGGGAGCAAUUGGUGAUUUAUUAGCUUCUUCAGAUUUUGCAGCAACUGCUUCAGUGUUGGUAGUUCAACAAUAUAUUGGUGGAAUCUCAAAUAGUGAUGGAUUAGAAACACCAAAUGGUGAAGAAUAUAGUGUUACUAAUGAGUUUAAUAACCAUUCUACUGCACCAUCAAGAGGAAAUUCUGUUUUCAAUACACAAAGAAUGACUACACGUACUUUGUAACAGAAUAUAUAGAAAUUUUAUCCUUUUUUUUUCUUCUUCUUUCACUGCAUCAUUGAUUUUUUGUAUUAUGUGUUCUGGUGUAGUUAAUUUGUAUGCAUCAAGUUGUAAGUUUUUGUAAGAAAUGUACAUAUUACAGUUACAUACAUUUAUGUGAGUACAAUCUUUUUAUU